CAGCCGAGUCCCCUACCAUUUCCCAGGCCCGAGUCGGCGCUGGCGACCUUCAGCUCCAUGAUGGUGUGCCGCUCCAGGGGAGCCCCAUCGUCUCUCGCGUUCCGAGCAGCCAAACUUCUUUGUAGGGCGCAGUUCCAGAGGAUACGUCUGGCUUUCUUCUCGACGGACAUCGUUGGUGAGAAGCCCAUUCUGGUCCGCGACUUCAUCCGCUCCGCAUUGUAUGAUCCGAACCACGGAUAUUUCUCCAAGCGAUCCGGGCCGGUUGGAGUGCUCGAUAGAAGCAUUCGGUUCAAUCAGCUCGAAGGCAGGAGUGCCUAUAUACGGCAUUUGAAUAACCUUUACAAGCAGCAUGAUAUUGCUUGGUUUACUCCAGUGGAACUUUUUAAGCCAUGGUAUGCAUAUGGUAUUGCAGAAGCAAUAAUGCAUACAGCUAACCUUUCAAUUCCAUUAAAGAUAUUUGAAAUUGGGGGUGGCUCUGGAACAUGUGCAAAGUGUAUAUUGGAUUACAUGAUGUUGAAUGCACCAGCAAAGGUUUACAAUAAUAUGACAUAUACCUCUAUAGAAAUUAGUCCAUCUCUUGCCGAAAGGCAGUUAGAAACUGUUGGAGAAGUUCAAAGUCAUUUGUCAAGGUAUAAAGUACAAUGCCGUGAUGCAACGGAUAGAAGUGGAUGGGGGCACAUAGACCCCCAACCAUGCUGGGUUAUAAUGCUUGAGGUACUUGAUAAUCUUCCACAUGAUCUUGUCUAUUCUCCAAAUCAAGUUUCACCAUGGAUGGAGGUUUGGCUUGAGAAAGUACAAGACAGCUUGCAAAUCUCAGAAGUGUACAAGCCAUUACAAGAUCCAUUAAUUACUCAGUGUGUGAAGAUAAUUGGGAUGGAUAAAGACCAUUCUGGUGGGUGGAGCAGAGUAGUUUCAGCAUCUAGGCGCAUUUUGUCUAAAGUUCUUCCAAAGCCCCGAAGAGCUUGGAUGCCAACUAGUUGCUUGAAGUUGCUUAUGACCUUGAACUCGCAGAAACUAUUGGAGGUUCUGCAUUGGGCUUUACCGAAGAUGUCCCUUAUUGCUUCUGACUUCAGCUAUCUCCCUGAUGUCAGUAUACCUGGUGAUAGGGCUCCCCUGGUUUCUAGUAAGAUACAUGGGAGCACUGUGGAUCAUAGCAACUACCUUGAUGCAAAGGGUGAUGCUGAUAUCUUCUUCCCAACAGACUUCCGGUUCUUGGAGAGAAUUGAUCAUCACUGCUCUGGUUGGUUGAAUGAACAGACAGAAUCUAAAUCCUUGAAGAGAGUAAAGAAGAGAAGAACUCUCACACUUGAUACCGCGGCCUUUAUGGAAGAAUUUGGUUUGCCAACAAAGACAAGGACAAACGAUGGAUAUAAUCCACUUCUGGAUGACUUCAGGAAUACUAAAUUUUAUAUAAGUGUACCAACACAUAACAUUACAUAGCCAGUCUAAAGUCGUUGCUGAAGACAAGCUGCAGGAGGGCUUAGUGAAAUUUUUAAGGUUGAACCUCGGACAAGUGAGUAUCUAAAGCAUUUCAUGCAUUUAAUCAUUUCUUGUCUGCUGGUGAAACUAUUUUUUGCACUGGUUAGGUCCAAAGUUGAAACGUGCUUUCUUUAUUGCGGGUUUGGUACUUCACAGAAGAUAUUAUUGUUGUGUUCUUCCAAAGAUAGAACUGCAAAUUGAAAAUUGCAUUUUUUGCUGCGGAGGCAUGUCAUGGUUCCUCAAUGAGACCAGCUACAACUAUUUUUAUCAGUUUAAACGCUGUUUGCAUUUAACUAUUUUUAACGCCAUUUAUAUAUUUGUACAAUUUUCACUGAUUUUUAACUUGUGCUCACAAAUAAAUGCAAAUCCUAUAUUCUGUCUGUUCCAUUUA